AUGGCUCAGUCUGAACUCCCGCCCUUCGCCCAAGCCACAGCGGGUGCGUUGGGCUCGAUCACGAGCAACACGCUCGUCUAUCCACUCGAUCUGCUCUCCACACGCUGCCAGACGCAAUCACGAGGUCGAGAUGGCAAAGGCGGCUACCAGUCGAUCUCUGCAGCUCUCCAGGAGAUUGUCAAACAGAACGGCGUCAAAGGUCUCUACCAAGGACUUGCGUCGGAUACGCUGUCCAACACGCUGUCCAACUUCCUCUUCUUCUACUUUCGGUCGUUCUUCAUGGAUGCGGUGAAAGAGAGGAAGAGGGCAAAGCUGCCUCCACCGCCGGCGAAUGGGAAGGGAAAAGGGAAAGCGAUUGUGAUCACAGCAGCAGAGGAUCUGGCGAUCGGAGCGUUGGCAGGGAUCGUUUCGAGGUUCUUCACCACUCCACUGUCGAAUGUGACGGUGAGGAUGCAGACCUCCGCGAACCCAAAGGAGAAAGCGAAGGAACAGGAGGAGAAGCGCAAAAGCAACGGACAGCCCAGCUCGGAUAGCGAAUCCGACGACGAAGGUGGAUACGCCGCAUCUGCCGGCAUCACCGACGUUCUGCGUCAGAUCGUCGCCGAGAAAGGCUGGCUCGGUCUCUGGUCAGGCUUCGAAACGGCUGCGCUGCUCAGCAUCUCACCAGCGCUCACGUUCUACAGCACCAACGCCAUCUCAACCCUCCUCAUCCCAAAGGACAAGCGAGAAAAACCGUCUUCGUUGCAAACUUUCGUCACCUCGGCGAUCGGCAACAGCAUCUCUACCGUCAUCGUGUUCCCGCUGAUCCUGUGCAAGACGAGGUUGCAGUGGAGAAGCCCGACGGGAAGGAGGAUGUAUAGGAACCUGCUGGAUGUGUUGAGGAAGACGGUGAAGAGGGGUGGAUUGAAAGGGCUGUAUCAGGGGCUGGAUUCACAGUUGAUUAAAGGGCUGUUCAGCUUCGGUACGACGAUGAUGGUCAAGGCGAGGAUCGAGGCGUUGUUCGUGAUGCUGUAUUUGGCGCUUAGAAGUCGCAAGGCUGCGCUGGCGUGA